AGAGAAACACUCGUGAAACAGCAACUUCUUCUCGCCGACGUCACCAAAUCAAUCAUGGGAGUUUCGGCAUCGGCGCCGAAAGGAUAUUUGAUCGCUUUCAUCAAGGUCAAGGACAAGGAGAAGUUCGGGGCGUUCGGCGCCGCCGCGAAGACGGCGAUCGAAGAGUACGGAGGAACGAUCCUCGCCAAGGGCCCCGGCGACCUCGUCGAGACCGCGAACGGCGGCGCCGAAGGGAGCGCGGCGAUCCUACUCGAGUUCGCGAGCAUCGCCCAGGCCAAGGAGUUCUACUACUCCGAGUCGUACCAGAAGGCCAAGGAGAUCCGCGGCGACGGCGGCGCCGACGUGUCCGUCAUGUUCGUCGAGGGCACGCCGCCGACGUUCACGGGCCUGAUGAUGUAGAGCCACACGCGGACCAAGUAGACGCCAUCGUCGUAAAAAGAGCGAGGGCG